CUUAUUCCCAGAGAGAAAGAAUCGAAGAAAUCAAAAGGGAAGAGAUUGCCAAACAGGAAGCCGAACGUGUCGAACUGGAACAACAAGCUCGGUAAUUAUUCAUAUUCUCUCGUGAUUUUCAUAGCAAUUCGAUUCAAUUAUGUACGUGUAUGUGAAAUAGGCUUUAAAUAUGACUGGAUUCAGACAUGUGUGCUCAGUUUUAAAGGUUUAUUUAGUAGUGAUUUUGCAAUGAUGAUAAGCGCAUAAAGUGAUCUCAGAAGAUCUGCAACAGACUUAUUUUACAAUGGAUAGAUAGGAGUUAUACGACCGCUAAUAAGACAAAAUGCAUUAAAGUUAACAAUUAUACAAAGUAUACAAUAUACACAAUAUUUAAACACGUGUAGUCAACAAUAAUGCAAUGUCAGUGAAAUCCAUGUAGAAAGUGAGCAUUAUUAGUAAGAAUAGUUAGCACAAGGAUGUUUUAUCGAUAUCCUUGUAGAGAUAAUACUGAAGAUACUGAGGAUCAGGCGGAACAUAUACCAGAUAUGGAAGAAAUAGCGAGUCAGUUUGAUAACGAACAGUAUGAUCAAUUCAGUAGGCAGAUCCCCGUCGGCGGAAGAGUUGUGAAACGACCCGGUAAGAGGUUGCCCAUGUCGACGACCAGACUCCGAUACCUUCAGCGGAAAAACAAAUCACUGAGUGCAGAGUGUUCCAUUGGAGGAAGCAUGUUGAGCCUUAAUGACACAACUGAACAAGAUACAAGAUCCCUCCAUCGUGCAGAAUUCAGAACUUACUUCAAACCACGCUCGGAUGACUGGCUUGGUACCAUCCAAGAUGAACGCCAUACGUUUGAGUCAAAAUUUCAAUCACAUCAACCACGGCAAUACAAACACGUGGAAAGUCGGCUAUUAGAUCCAAAGUAUUAUCUGAAAAAGACCAAAGAAGUGGAUGAACAAAUCCGCAAUGGUUUUGAACCAGCUCAUUUACGUUCAAUCAGUGUAGACUUUGAUAAUGAACUAAAAAACCUCAGAAAGAUGAAAUCAAGGACGUCAAAAUGUUUAGCUACUCUUUCAACUACGAAUGGAUCUACAGCUAGUCCACCGAAAGUUGUACCACAGAACUACGCAGAAAGAGCACAGAAGGAAAAGCUGUUCAAAGAAACGAAACUUUAUUACGCUGUGUGGAGAUCUGCGUUUACACGAGCAAUAGAAAGACUUCGAGAAAACAAGAAAAUGAAAGCUAUUCAGCUGAACACACCAGAUUUACUGAAAGAGGAAGCCAUCAGAGCGGAAAAAGCAAAGAAACAGCAAGGAAUUCGUGCCAGACAAAAGCCUCGAUUGUCUGUUAUAUCACCAACUCUUCAAACUACACAGAAUAAUACCACUACACAGAAAACAAGAAUUGCUUUGAACAGAGGAUCUUACGCAGACAUGUUUAAAAAGAGAGAGAACAUUGAAGAAAAAGUGCUAGACAAAAAAGAGGAACAAACACACUUUGUUACCCCGCGAAAGCCAAGGCUAGAGCCCUUACAGAAGCGUGGCAUUGUGAUCACCAAAUCAGCUCUAAACCGAAGGACAAUGAAGAUUCCAGUGCAAUCCUAGAGUAGAAUUUAAUGAAGAUACUUAUACUAUUUCAAUGCAGUCACAGAGAAGAUUUCAAUGUUAUCACAAAUAGUUAAUCACACUAACAAUGAUACAUUUAACCUGUUGAACAUGACACCCAGGACUCAAUACAUCAAGGAAACACACAAAUUCCCAUUGGGUGUUUCAGAUCUAUAUCCUAAAUCAGUUAUUGGAUUAUUACUUGCGUUGUUCUGUUUGUGCUAUUAAAUUAAAAUAUUUAUGAUUAAGUUUACUGGAAAUAGGCGUAACGGCCUAAAAUCGAUAUUCCAGAUAGAAACAAAAUGAUAUUGUUGACUUUUUAUUUUGAACACUUCUUAUGAGAGGUAAAAUUGCUUUCGACUUCCACAAGGUUUAAAAAUUUGUGAAAUAAA